AUGGUUUCUAAGUCUGGCAGCGACGCUAGAGACGUCGGGAUUGACAGUUUCUCAGCCACUGCCAAUCAGAGUUCUUCAAGAAAGUUGAGAUUGGCAGCCCUGGCCGAGAAACUGAAUGAGUGGGAGGAUGAAUCAAAUAUACAUUACAAUAUAAGCAGUACUGAUACUAGUACCCCAAUUAAAAGUGAAACUAUCAAAAUAACAGUGGAAAAACCAAAAGUCGAGAUUGCAGUUGGAAAAACCCACACUAGCUCAGUUUCAGUUAUCAUCAACAGUGGUGGAAAUGGCAAGAAUGCCAAUGUGAGUAGUGAUAAAGUAAAGUUUGAUGAUGAAAGUGGGAAAAACCCAUCAUUGCCUGAUACUAAGAGUACCAAUUCUACACCCAAUGCUGCUGCUGCUGCUGCAAAUCCUUCAUCAUCAUCAUUAAGCAGUACGAAUAAUUCUGGCAUCAACAGCAAUAACAAUUCGCAUGCUGCAUUGCUAAGACGCAUUGAUGACAUUAAAUCUGCAUGCAACAACAACAACAAUAAUAUUAAUAAUAAAGACGUUAAUAGUAGAGGUGGUCGCAGAUUGAAUGAUAGCUUUGGUGACGAACCAACCAGAAAGUCCGUCCGUGAGCGUUUGUCUGCCUGGAAAAACCGAGUUCAACAAACUUCGUCUGUUCCUAUGCCUGCUUUAGCCUUCACACCGACCACUAAUAGCAAAAUGAAGCAAUCUGCAGCUGUCCAAUCAGCCCGCAGAAAAUCAAACGACAAGAAAAAACCAUCGGCCAGUAGGAGAUCCUCUAGCUUGAAGAAGAAAUCUGAUUGGACGCCAGGAGGUAAGGCUACUCCCAGUAAGUCUCCCGUUGGUGGAAUGAAGGUGCAAACCUCAACGGAGAGAUUGCAGAAGAAAUUGAUUGAACAAGUUCAGUCUGAUUCUAAGGCGCAAACGUUAAAAAAAGAAAGAGAAAAUGAGCUAGCAGCUGUUGGAUGCAGAUGGGAGACUGAGAAAUUAAACGACGACGAUGAUGAUGAUAAUGAUGCUAAAGCCUGUGCUGCUGAUGAUGAUGCUGCUGGUCAUUUCACUGGAGCUGAUACUGAUAAUGAUACUUGUCGUCAGGGUGGUGAUGGUGCAGCAGCUGUUACACCUCUGAAUAAGAAGGAAGAGAAAAGGAAUAAACUCAGAAGUGCCAUUACUAACAACAACAACAACAACAAAAAUACUGGAAAACCUCAUUCCCUGUUCAAUCUUGUUAACAAUAAUUCAGGUAUCCCACCUCCGAAACCGCCAAGACUGUUGAGUUCGAACGAUGACUCAGCAAAGAUAAUAAAUAAUAAUAAUGGUGUUAAGGAUAAAUUUAUCGAUUCAUUCGACGAUGAUGAUGGUGACUGUAACAAUAACAUUAAUGAUGAUGAUAAUCAGAAGGGUGUAACUUUUGGUGAUGUGGCUUACAAUGAGUACAGUGUUGCUUCAUCAGAUAGCAUUUUGAGGUUCUCGUAG